AUGAGAAAAGGUAAGCCAAGGCACGUUCCUAUGUUUUUGAGAAGCGAAAACAAAAAGAUACUUUUUUCCUUUUUUUCAUAUUUUAUGUCCAAAAAUGAUAUACAAUUUAUUUUCGAUCAUUAUGACAUUGGUUUAAUAGUUCUUACAAAAAUACAUAACAUACGAAAAAGAUAUGAAGAAGAUAAAAAUAAUUUACAACAUGAAAAUAAUAAAAAUGAUUUAGAAGACACAGAAUCAAUAGAUGAAAAAGUAAGAGCUUUUUUUUUAAACUAUAAAUUAAAUUCGAAUGAAGAAAUAUCUGACCAUAAAAAAGAAAAACCUGAAAAAAAUAAAAAAGGCAAAAAGGGUUCAGUAAACAAGGAAAAAAGCCAUGAAACUAAUGAAAAAAAGUUUACUACAAAAAACAAUUAUUCUAUUAUAACACGUUCAAAGAUCGAAGAAAUUGACUCUCUCAAGAAUGAUGAAAAUGAUAGUCCUAAUAGUAAUAAUGAUCAUGAAGAAAAUAAACUACAAAAUGAAAACAUCAAAAAUACAGAUAGCCAUCAUAAUAAUACAGAUAAUCAUUCCAACGAUACGUCUGUUAUCCUCAAACAGACGAGAUAUAGUAACAAUGCUGAUAAAUCACGAUUAAAAGAGGUAAAGCAAGAAUCAUAUGAAGCUAUUAGUGAAUCGGAAGAAUCCAAUGCACCAGAUAAAAAAAACAUUAAUUUUUCAACUAAAGAAAUUUGUAAAAAUGUAAAUAAUAAUGACACAAUGAACAUUGAUAAAGAAAGAAUCGAUAAAAAAAAUAAUUUAAAUGACCCCAAUUUUGAAAAUGCAGAGAUGAAAAAUAAAAGUAAUAUAAAAACGUGGAUUAAUGAAACAAAAAUAGAUGAUAAAAAUAUUAUUAAUAAAAAUACAGAUGACAAUACAAUAUUAAGUAAACACAUGGAAAAUAAUAAUACAGAACAAGAAUACAAAAAAUAUCAAGAAGACAUCUCUAUGUUAAUAGAAAAUAAUAAAAAAGAAACUUGUAAAAAUAAACUAAAUUCUGAAGAAAAAAAUAAUACAAAUGAAGAAAUGCAAAAAGAAAAAGAAUUAGAUGAUAUAUUAUUUCCUAUACGAAAGAAAAAUGAAACUUAUAAAAAAUUUAGUAAAAGAAUUAAUAAAACAAAAACUAAUGAAUUUAUAAAUUACCAUGAUGAUCAUUGCUUUUAUAUAACUGAUUUAUGUAGAAAAGGUACCAUGCUGUCAUUAAGAAAAAAUGAGGUAUUAAACAAAAAAAAUGUUAAAAAUGCUCAUACUCACCACAAAUUUAUUAACUCAUUUGGACUAAAUAAUUCUUUUCAAGUUAUCGAUGACGUUCAAUCAUUAAAUAAUAUGUAUAUGAAUUUGAAAUUGAUUGAUGGGCAAUUUAAUGGUCAGAUUAAUGAAAACAAUCUUAAUGAUCUCACAAAUUUAUUAAAAUCGAAAAAUAAGGCACCCUUUCAUAUCAAUAAUAGUACCAACAAUAACAUUAAUAGUAAUAUCAAUUCGUAUAUUUCAUCUAAUGAUAAUUUUAGCAUACCAUCAUCGUAUUUUAUAUAUGAUUAUACCAAUACCGACAAAUUUGCGUAUACAUUAAAUAACGUAGAAAACUUAGAACAUAUACAUAAUUAUAAAAAUGUUCAUAGCAAUUUUUAUCCCACUAGCCAAGAGUACACUAGCAAUAACAACAUUAAUAAUAACACUUUUAUAAGAAAUUCAUUUAAUAAUAAAAACAACGCCGUUAACUUUAAUAUUAAUCAAAAUAUUGAUAACUGUUCCAAUAAAAAUAAAACAGAGAUAAAAGGUGAAUUCAAUUUUACCCCCACUUAUUCCAGUAAUUAUCAAUCAACAGUUACAACCUUGAAGAAUAAUAAAAAGACAUAUAUAAAAACCGAAAAAACUAAAAAUAAUACUAAAAAUAGAAAUAGAAUUAAAGCACAAACUGAUGAUAAUAUUAUAAAACAACAAGACAUUAAACAAAAUAGCUAUCAUAAUUUUUAUAUCAAUCAAAUCAAAAACGAACAUAUAACAAACACUAUUAAUGCCCAAGAUAAUAUAAAAAAUGUUAACUUCCAUUCAAAUAAUAUACCUCUGAUAAAAAAUAUGUCCAACGAUUGCCUAUUCUAUCAAAAUGACACAUUCGGAAACAACAUUUGCAAUAAUAACUAUAAUAAUGAUAUAAAUGUUGCUAUAUCUUCUGCUACUAAUGCUAGUAUUUCGUCACCCACUUCUACUACUAUUAACAUUGAUCAAUGCUAUAACCAGAUAUUUGAAUCAAAUGGAAUAAUUCAUAGCAAUCCCAUAAGUAAUAACGAUUCAAAUAAUAAUAUGGUAGAUUUAAACCACAUAGAUCAUAAAACCAAGAAUAUAAAUAUGACUUGGGGGGAUCAUAAUUCAAAAAAUACUCACAAUCAUCCGAAUUUAAAUAUACAAACAGAGAUAAAAAGUAUUAAUAAUGAUUAUUAUCACACAAAAAACCCUGAUAUAAACGAAAAUUCUAGUCUACACACUGACGAAGAAAAUAACCUUGAGGAUAAUAACAAUAUGGAAGAUGGUGCUUGUUUAAAAAAAGACAUAAAUAGAAAAUUUUAUUCAAAUAAUAGAACCAUCGACAACAAUAAUAACAGUGAUAAUAACCCUGAAAAUAGAAACUCAAACGAACACAAUGAUCCUUAUGAUGGUCAGAACAAUUAUUAUCGCCAAAGUAAUAACCAUGAUGACAACAAUUACGACAAAAAACAUUCCGCAACUUAUAUCAGAAGUAGUAAUUAUUCAAACGGAAAUAUAUAUGACGAUAUUAAUUAUGAAACCAAGGAAAGUGAAGAUAUUAUUUCAAAAAAUCAAAUAAAAAAUAAUUGUUUUCGCGAUAACAAUAAAUUUAACCCAACUGAUUUUAAAGAAGUAUCCCCUAAAUCCACAAGCAUUAAUAAUAUCAAUAGCAGCAUGACAUCUAAUGAUAGCUCCAUAAAUCAAUAUAAUAAUGCCAAUUCCCGUUGCAACAACAGUGCUAGAAACAAUAAUGCAGAUUUUAAUCAGUUCAAACAAAAUAUUAAUAGAUAUAAUAUUAGAGAUUCCAUUAAACUUAAAACUAAUUCACAAUUAAAUGAUUAUUCUAGCAAUUCCAACACAAUCCUUUUAAUGGAUGAAUGUGACUCAAAAAAUGAAUUUUUAAAUCCUCAUAGUAGUGAUAAUAAUUAUUUAAAUGAUAAAGAUUUAUUACAUAGUAAUAAUGUAAUUCGAAAUUGUUCUUACAAUAAUGAUAACAGAUCCAAUGUAUUUAAUGAAUUGGUUAAUAACAUGUUAUUUCAAAAUGAUUUUUAUCCUCAAUCUUCAAAAAAUGUAGUAAAAAAUUAUAGCACUAUAUAUGAUUCUCAAGGAAAUAGAUUAGAAACAGUUUUUCCCAAUGUACAAAAUAAUAAUAAAUAUGUGCGCCAAAAUAAUAUACACCAGACUAAUGAUACAACAAGAAAUGGCAUAGAUCAAUUUGACUGCAUUCACAAUAGUGAUAAUUACUAUAUCAAUGAUAACAACGUCAGCAAUACUACCAGUAUUAAUGAUAGCAAAAAUGUCAAUAGGGGAAACAAUUUUGAAGAUUUCAAAACGAUAAAAAAUGAAAUAAAAUAUCCAGCUAUAAACUCCGAAACAUCGAAUUAUGCAUAUAACCCUCAAAAUAAUAUAAUGUAUAUACAAAACACCUCUGAGAAAGUUACCGAAGGAAAUAACAAUAUUUAUAUCCAAUAUAAUGCAACAUAUUCAAUUAAUAAUGAAAAAAUAAGCACAAAUUAUUUAACCAGAAAUUCAUUAACCAACAACCAGAACAAAUUGGAAAAUUGCUCAAAAAAUAAAAAUGAUGUAAAUGAUAAUAAAAUAAAUUCCAUAUAUGACGAACAAAAUCAAAAAAAGUGGGAUAAUAUAAGUAUACCAAUUAAAAAUAAACAUGAAAAUAAUAUUUAUGAAAUAAAAGAAAAUGAUAUAAAUUCUCAAGAAAUCGAAUUAAAUGAUAAAGCUAACGAACAUUUUGAAAAUACUGACAAAGAGGGAAAUGCAAAUAAUUCUGAUAAUAAUGCCAAUCCUAAUUUUGUUAACAACAAUAUAGAAAAUAAUGAGAAUAUAAAUAAUUCCAUUGGAAAAGAAGAAAAUAAUAUUUUCCAGGAAAACCUCCAACACUUAGACACAAAAAAUGUUAAAAACAAUGAAACUUAUUUCUUACCAAGUAAUGAAAUGUGCCACGUUUCUCAAAAACAAAACAAUAACAUACAUGUAUAUGACGAAAAAAAUAUAGAAGAAAAUCAAACUGUUAUAUUUCAAAAUAAUUUACAGUAUAAUCAAACACAACCAUGCUAUCAACUAAAAAAAAAAGGUAUUUAUGAUGAUAAAAAAAAUUUGAAGCCAAUGCAAGAUACCAAUGAUUUACAAAGAAACACCAACAACGUAAUAGCUAACGAUCCUUUGAUUAAAAACAAUCAUGAAAAUAAAAAUGCCUCUUUUAUAAACUCAAAACAGUCUGUGGUAUUAUCCAAAAAUGAUGAGAUUGAUAAUUAUAAUUUUAAAAGUAAUAAUGAAAAUAAUAGUAAAACGAAAAAUAUUAAUGAAUUAUCAUUAAAUAAAAAUUAUAAAAGCAGUAUCAAUAAUUCCCAAAAGCAUCAACGCGAUCCAGAGAUUAAUUGUUAUGAUAUAAAUACAAAAUACAAGGAAAAUUUGAAAAAACAAAAAAAUAGCAUCGUUUCAACUGUUGACAAAAAUGAUUAUUUUGACGUUGAAAAUAAUGGAAUUCAUGGAGAAGUAGAUAAUGAUAGCUACAAGGGUGCAGAAAUCGAUAAGGAAAAUAAUCAAGAAAUGAAUAAUAAUUUUUGUAAUAGAACAAAAUAUAUCAAAGUAGAAACUAUAACAGAUUCAAUUGACGAUAAAAAUAACAAUUCUAUAUAUUCUAUUCGAAAUAAUACUAAUAAAACCAUAUAUGAUAUAUAUAUGAAUGACACUAUGCAAUUAAACGAAAACAUAAAUAAUAAUAAAAACCUAAACAUUCAGAACAGUAGUAAUGGUAUAAUAAGUAAGGAAAAUAACGCAAAUAAUUUGGGAAAUAUUGAUAAUAAUUUUACAAAUUCAGAAUAUUCACAAUUUCAUACAAAUAAUAGCGUUAAAACACAGCAUAAUUCAGAGCUAUCGCAGCGCGAAACGAAUUAUUUCUAUACGAGCAAAAUGAUGCUUAUAAAAGAUAAUAUAAGCAUAGAUGCAAAUGAUAAUAUUAUAAAUUUACAAAACCUUAAUUAUAUAAAUGACCAAACAAAUAAUAAUAAAAACAGAAAAAUGGGUUCCUUAACCAUGAAAAUGCAUAGCAACACAUCUAGCUACAUGUUUGACAAUAAAACGAAUAAUAAUAGUGAAGAACAAAAAAAUAACGAUAUUAAUUUUGGAAAUGGAAUGAAAAAUUUUGACUUAAAUCCUGUAAAAGAUAAAUAUGAUAAUUUAUACGCAAAUUAUUAUGUUAAUGAUAAUGAUCACAGCAAUAGCAAUGACCAAAAAAUAAAAAAUCCCAACCCUGAAACCCAAGACACAUUAAAUCGAAGGAAAAAAAGCACCUUAAAAACAAUUUCUAUGGAGCAAAUUCCAUUUUACAAUUCCGUGAAUAAUUUUGAAAAUAACUACGAAAGUAAUUCAAGCUGUUAUAAAUAUACAAAAGGCAUAAACAGAACCCCAAUGUUAAAUGAAAAUAUAAAUAACGCACGCAUAAACCAAGAAAUUUAUGAUAACAAUAGACAAAAUAUUGAAACUCCAAGAUCUAAAAAUUACCCUGUAUUUAGCAUGGGAAUUCAUAACAAUAACGUAAAUUCAGAAGUAUUAGAUGGAAAUAGUCAAAUACAAUCAAAAAAUGUCUUAACUAAUAAUUUAUUUAAAAUAAAUAAAAAAUACAAUUCAAAUAAUAUCGAAACAAAUAACAAUCUCAUAUAUGACAAUAAUGAAAAUGCUCAAUAUAAUUAUUUAAAUGAUUUACAUACAAGUGGAAGGAAUUAUAUUCAUGAAUCACAUAUGGAUUUGCCAUCAAAUCAGACUCAUCUUUUGUAUUUAAAUAAUUUAAAUGCAAAAAAUAUAGAGAACAUAUCUGAACGAAAAAUUAGUAUACCUAAUGAAUGCAUCAAUUUUAAUUCCCUUAAUCAUAUUUACAAUGUACCCCAAUUUGAUAAUCUACCAAAUCAUGUAAGCAUCAAUACAAGAUAUAAUAAUAAUAAUAAUAAUAAUAAUAGUAAUAUGUGUGAUAACCCAAUAAACGAUACUAAUAAUAGCGUUGACCCAAACAACAACAAUACAUCUGCAAUGUAUAACACUGAAGGGCCUAUUUCUAAUGUUGAUAAUAAUUAUAAUAUGAUAAAUAUGCCAUUAGAUAAAAGUUCCAUUAUAACAAACCAUCAUUAUCCCAUCAAUACAAAUGAUAAUAAAAAUUGUACAAUAUACAAUAAUAUUAAAUAUUCAAAUAGAACAUUUUGCAAUUAUAAUAAUAUUAAAGGUCCCAAUGACAACAAUAUUUAUAUUCCCAAUAACAAUAUUAAAUCAUAUAAUGAUAAUAUUAUGCAUAAUUUGAGCAACAAUGCAAAGGGUUACAAUAACAGUAGUGUAUACACUUAUAGAAAUAACAAUAUUGUUACUACUUAUGGAAAAAAUAAUGAGCUUAACAAAGGUAGUAAUAAUUUAUAUAAUUUUAACAAUUAUAAAAACUAUAUAAAUAAUGAUUCGUCUAAUUUAAUAAAUGUAAAGUAUGAACACCCUGAAAAAUAUAGUUGUGAAAAUAAUUUAUUAGAUAAUGUUGAUAAAUCAAAUAAAAAUAAUAUAAAUAGGCAAAUUGAUAACGAAGAAUUAAACAGUCUUAUAACAGAAGUACACAUGAAGCCCUUUGAUAAUUUUAAAACAACAGAGGAAAAUAAUAUACGAAAUAAUAUUAGUAAUAAAUUUAUUAACAAUAAUAAUAAUGAUCAUUAUCAAAUGAUGAUAAGUAAUAUCAAUUUAUAUAAUACUUAUAAAUAUUUAUAUAACAAUAAUAAUAAAUGUAUAUAUAACGCAAACAAUAAUGAUAAAUCAUCAAAUAAUAUAAAUAUUUAUAGUGAUAUCAAUAAUUUUCCUCAAAAAAAAAUUAAUACAUAUACACCCAAUAAUUUAUUAACUUCACAAAGCAAUAACGUAUUUAAUACACAUGGUAACAUGGAUCAAGAUCAAACAAAUUCAAUUAUAGUAUAUAAUAACAUAAAUGGAACUAAAAACAACUUAAUAAGUCAUAUAAAAAAUGAAAUACCUUCAAGUGGUUGUGAUACUAAUCAAAGCAAUAAUGACAACAUGAAAAACAAAAAUGGCUUUAAUUAUUUAUAUAAUGGUAUUCCUUUUGAUUAUUUUAAGAAUGAUAUGACUUUUAUCUACAAUAAUAAUAUGAGAAAUACUGGGAAUACCAUUGAAGGUACCAGCAUUAUCAAUGAUCAUAAUAAAAAAUUUGAAAAUCAUGAUGAACGAAUGAAAGAAAAUCGAAAUAACAAUAUGUAUGCCAAUUUAAAUAAUUACCCCUCAAAUAAUACAAUAAUUUGUAAAGAUCCGAAAAAUUAUUAUAUUAAAAAUAAUUUUGAUAUUUUAAAUAACAUAGAAAACUCAAAUGAUAUAAAAGAUGAAAAUAGUAUCAACAACAGCAAUACCAUAAUAAAUUCGUCUAUAGACUUACAAAAUAAUAAAACAAAAAAUAAAGACAGUUCUAAUGACAAUGUUAACAAUUGCAACGAAAAUAAUAAUACUGCUGAUUUAAAAUGUAUCCAUGAAUUAAAUAAAUUUUAUAAUUCAAAAGAAACGAGUUAUAAGAAAAUUAAUGAUCGUAUUAAUGAUACAAUGAACAUAAAUAUGACUAGCAAUAUGAAUACUACUGAAACUUUAGGAAGUAAUGCGGAUGAUACUUACAAAAGCAUUAAUAAUAUAAGUACUACUAGAAAUAGAAAUAAUAAUUUCAACAUGAUGAAUGAUAACCAAUAUAUACAGUUACAAGACGUUGGUUAUAAAAUUUCGGACAAUUAUGAUAAUUCUGUAAAUAAAGAAGACACCGAGCCUUGCCCCCCAAAACCAAGUAAUUUAAGAAAUAGUAAUUUAAUUGAUUCUAUGAACUUGAUGUAUUUAAAUAAAGCUAAUAAAAACAUAUACAAUCAUCCAAAUUAUAAAAAUGGUAUCGACGAAUAUUAUUUCAAUUCGAAUAUGAAUAUUUCAUUACAAUCAGAAUUUAGUGAUCCAAACAAUAUUAUUCAUAAUAAUUUAAAAAAAAUAAAAACAAAUAAACUAUAUAAUCAUUCAUAUCCAUUUAGUUUCCCAUACAAUAGAAAUCCUAAUUAUAGCAAUAAUAAUAUUAACGAAAUAAGCCAAAUAAAUGAGGGAAAAAAUAGAGACAUAUCAAAUAAUUACUACAUACCACCAUAUAUGAACCCAAAUGAUCAAGCACCAGAUUUUAAAGACAAUUAUUUGAAUACGUGCAAAAAUAAUAUUGAUAUCGACAAUAUAAAUUAUUAUAAGGCGCAGCAAUAUUACACAAAUAAUAAGUUUCUUAAUGUGAAUUAUGACAAAAGUAUAUAUACGAAUGAACCAAAUAAGUAUUCUAAAAAUUACCCUAAUGAAGUAAAAUAUAAUGAAGGCUUUCGAGAAAAUAUAGAUGGUACUUAUAAUUAUAAUUUGGGUAUGCAAAAUGAACAUCAUAAUCCAAAUUAUCCAUUACAUAUUUUAAAUAAUAACAAUCUAUACAAUAAUUAUGUUUAUUUAAACAUGCUAAAUAAUGCAUAUAAUACAAACAACAACAAUCUUAAAUUACGCAACUUAGAAGAAAAUAACAAACUAAUCCUAUAUAAUAAUAAAAAAGACAGUUACACAAAUUUCAACAAUCUAAACCAUAAUAUUAACAAUAAUAAUGAUUUAUUUCAACUAAAAAUUAUGGACCCUAAUGAAAAUAUAAUUAUGAACCCCCUUAAUAAUAUUCAAAUUCCAAUUAAAAAUUACUAUAAUCUCCAACUCUUAUUAAACUAUUUACGAGGAAGACAAGUUCAACAAUCUUUUAAUCACAGCGCUUCAAAUACAAAUAACAAUUUACGAAGCGACGCCAAAAGAAAUUAUUCCAUAUCUUCAGUAGGGUUUAGUAAUCGAAGCAAAAGGUGGACAAUUUGCCCCUCGUACAUAUGCUGUAAUAGUGCCUUGUGCCGAUUCAAAUUGACAUGCAAUUUUAAGUUUUUGCAAUUCAAUCAUUCCAAUUAUAGUUUCAACAUACCCUAUGCUAUAUAUAAUUGCUACAAAAAUCUUAUGAACUUUUAUAAUUAUUUUACAUCAACACUUUGCCCUCAACAAACCUAUUUGUCGAAGCAUUCUACUCAAGAGCACGAAACCAUAUUCAACGUUUAUUGGCAUUUGCUAAACACGGAAAAAUAUAAAUAUAUACAAAACAUAAUAUUGUUUUUAGAUAAUAAUUUAUACACAAGAGCAGCAUGGCUAUUAAAAAAAGGAUAUAAUAUGGAUGAUUUUGAAGUUCAAAAGGCAGAAAGAAAAUUAAUAAAACUAAUGCUUUUAGUAUUUAAAUUUACUUAUGAUCAUAAAAAUGACAAUUCGAAAUAUGAACAUAUAAAGGCUUUUCUAUAUCCAUUAAGGAGCUCCCAUAUAAAUUUUGAAAUAAUGAAUCGAUUCUUAUUUUAUUAA